AUGGGCUAUCGCCAGGAUUACCUCGGCGAUGAGCAGACGCCAGGUUAUGGCAAGAAGGAACACAAUGAGGUCGGGGCCGUACCAAACGAUGAACUUGAAGGCUCGACACACAUUCUCCAGGAUCGUCUCCGCCGCUCUCUGUCUGCACGCCAGGUCCAGAUGAUUGCGAUCGGAGGCACAAUUGGCACAGGUCUCUUCCUUGGCACGGGCAAGUCUCUGGCUACCGGCGGCCCAGCAUCGAUUCUCAUCUGUUACGCCAUUGUCGGCUUCAUCGUCUUCAUCACGAUGCUGAGUCUUGGCGAAAUGGCCGCUUUUUUGCCAGUUGCUGGAAGCUUUUGCACAUUUGCUGGUCGCUUCGUGGACGAUGCCUUUGGCUUUGCGCUGACGUGGAAUUACUGGUUCAACGAUGCCGUAUCGACAGCAGCCGACCUGGUGGCCUUGCAGCUGAUACUGCAAUACUGGACUGACCACUUCCCCGGGUGGGCGCUGAGUUUGAUAUUCUGGUUUAUCUUGAUGGUCGUCAACAUUGCCACCGUGCGCGCAUACGGCGAGCUUGAGUACUGGCUCAGCCUUCUCAAAGUCAUCACUAUUGUUGUUUUCAUUGUUAUGGGCAUUGUCGUCAACUGUGGCGGCAACUCUGAGGGUCGCUACAUUGGUGGCGAGUACUGGCAUAUUCCCGGGGCCCCGUUCGUCGGCGGCAUCGGCGGGUUUGCGUCCGUCUUCGUCACUGCUUCUUUUGCGUACGGUGGUACCGAGUCAAUUGCCAUCACGGCCGGCGAGACCAAGAACCCUACUGUCACCAUGCCCAAGGUUGUGAAGAAUGUCUUUUGGCGAAUCCUCCUCUUUUAUGUCCUCGCCGUUCUCCUCAUCGGGCUGAACGUCCCCUACAACUAUCCCGACCUCGAUUCUAAGGACACUCGCACCUCGCCGUUCACCAUCGUCUUCCAGAUGACCGGCGCCAAGGCCGCGGGCAGCGUUGUCAACGCCGUCAUUCUGACUAGUGUCCUGUCUGCCGGCAACCACGCGCUGUUCGCCGGAACAAGGCUGCUGUACACCUUGGCCAUGGAGGGCCACGCGCCCCGAGUCUUUGGCACCCUCAACCGAAACCAGGUGCCUUGGGUGGCUGUUCUGACUACCGGUUUCGUUGCCGGACUCUGCUUCGGCUCCAGCUUCAUCGGCGCCGGUCAGCUCUGGUCAUGGCUGCAAAACAUUGUCGGUGUUAGUAACCAGCUGAGCUGGAUCGCCAUUGGCAUCACCUCGCUCCGCUUCCGCGCCGCCAUCGCCCGCCAAGGCAAGACGCAUCUGCUCCCCUUUAAGAACUGGACGUACCCGUACGGCCCCUGGUUUGCCGUCAUCCUCAACUCGUUCCUGGUCCUGGUGCAGGGCUGGAGCUGCUUCAGCCCAUCGUUUGACGGCGUCAGCUUCGUCAGCUUCUACAUUGAACUGCCCAUUAUGCUGGUCAUGUACCUGGGCUGGAAAUUCUUCAAGCGGACCAAGUUUGUGCGCCUGGACGAAAUGGACCUCGAGACAGACGUACACACGGCCGAAGAGCAGGUAGAGGAAGAGAAGGGUUGGAAAGGAAAGGCCAAGACGAUUAUUGGAUGGUUAUUCUAA